AUGGUCACCGAAACCUGGCUGAGCACGGAAAUCGCGGAUGCCGAGAUUGCGCUACCUGGCAUGAGUUCCUUACGAAAAGAUCGGCCUAGCAGAGGAGGCGGAGUGCUUUUGUAUUAUCGAUCCGACCUACAUGUUGAGAUCAUUGAUGACUCAGAAGCAAACAUCAACGAUUCUCUUUGGUGUCGUAUGCACCUGAGACGUGGCGAUGUGUGUUUGCUAACAAUAGUUUACCGUCCUCCAAUGUCUACCUUGGAAAUGGAUAAAGACCUUGCUGCUGCGAUGAAACGAGUAUUGACAUGUCCACACAGUCACGUUCUUCUGGUGGGGGACUUCAAUCUGCACGCACUCGAAGUUCCAGCAUCGCCCAGCGAACAGUUCAAGGCUGAUUUGCAAGAACUGAUUACCGAUGUACCACUGUAUAACAAUGUCACCUCCCCCACUCGUUUCAGAACGGGUGACACCCCCUCUGUCUUGGACCUUGUGCUCACCAACGAGGAACUAAUGAUUGACACCGUUACCAUAGCUACACCACUAGGUCGUAGUGAUCACGAGACGUUGCACUUUCGUUACAUCUGUUAUUCGGAGUACGUUAGAGAGAACGACGAGGAAACUUAUAUGGUUACACAUUACGACAUCUUGUCUAACCUUGUUCAAGACACCAACUGGUCCUUCCUGACCGAGAAUCCGCCCGAUGAGGCUUGGAUGGUGUUUGUCACCAAAUUCACUGAGCUAGUGGCAAAUGCAUCAGAACGCAAGGCCUUUCGCCCGAAGCAAGUGGAUCCGUUCCUAAGAAGCCGUACGAGAAAAUCUAUGGCCUUAAGGGAUUCGGCCUGGCACGCUUACAAAGUUUGCCCAAGUAAUCUGACCUGGGGAGUCUACAUAACUCAACGAAACCACUGCGUCAAGUUGAUUCGCGAAGACAAACUCCAGCACCAACAGCACUUAGCGGCGAAAUUCAGCAAAAAUCUAAAGCUGUUGUAUAGACAUAUCAACAAACUCAGUAGAGUGCAGCGCGGGACCCCGGUCUUGCGUGCAACAGAUGGUCAUGCGCAAACUGCACAGGACGCGGCCAACGUGUUUCGUCAACACUUCCUCCAUACUUUCCGGAGUGAACCAUCCCUUCACCCGAUUUUGACAGAGCUCUCACAGUUCCCAGGUAUACACAACGUAUCGUUCACGGCAACCAAUGUGUUGAAAACGCUAAUGUCGUUGCGUGUGCACAGCUCGCCAGGCGUGGACGAUAUUAAACCGAAGGCGUUGAAGGCAGCGGCCCUAAACAUUGCCGAACCAUUAGCUCGGUUCUUUCAACGUUGUCUUGACGAAAUGCUGAUUCCCACAAUGUGGAAACAUGGGCUAGUCACUCCCAUUUACAAAAGCGGUAAUCGUGCGGAGCCGUCGAACUACCGUCCAAUCACUCUCCUUCCAGUUUUAUCCAAAGUAAUGGAACGUAUAAUUGCGGAGGCGUUGAUGGGAUAUCUGGAGAACAACAAUAUCAUAGUGCCACAGCAACACGGAUUCCGCCGAGAUCGAUCCCGCACUACAAACUUGCUGCUGGCCCGAUCAAGCUGGACGGAGUCAGCUGAUGCUAGAUUUGGAGUCGACGUUGUCUACCUGGACUUCUCGAAGGUGUUCGAUCGUUUGGACCACCGCAUCUUCCUACACAAGCUUCGAGGCUACGGAAUCGGUGACCCUGUGCUUGAUUGGAUCGCCAACUUUCUCACUCAACGCCAGCUGAAUGUGAGAGUCCGCAGCUCCAUGUCCGACCAAAUUGACGUCCAGUGCGGUGUGCCACAAGGGUCAGUACUGGGGCCACGUUUAUUUUUAGCAUUCAUUAACGACCUUGCCAGUGUACUACAGUCGAACUUCUUGCUGUUUGCAGAUGAUGUCAAAAUUUGGCAUGACAUCCGGACAGAGGACGAUCACACAACACUGCAGAGCGAUCUGGACAGGGCGUACACUUGGUCAUCCGAAAACAUGCUCCACUUCAAUGUCGCCAAGUGCAAAGUCGUGAGCUUACGCCACCAGCUCAUCCAUGAAUACUUACUCGGGGACCAGCCGUUGAAACAUGCUUCCCAGGAAUGCGAACUCGGAGUGAUCGUGCAGAACGACCUUGGCUGCUCCAGACAAGCUGAAAAGGCAUCGAAAAGGGCCAGUCAACAUCUCGGACUCUUACGGAGGGAAUUCGGAAAUUUCGAGCCAUCUGUAUUUCCGCAAAUGCUGAGCGUUUACGUGAGACCCCACGUGGAGUAUGCGAUCCAGGCCUGGCGUCCCUGGCGCAAGCGUGACAUCAGUGCACUUGAAGCUCCACAGCGUAGAGCAACGAAGCUCGUCAGAGGCCUGUUUCACAUCCCCUACCAACGCAGACUGCAGUCUCUGGCAUUGUACAGUGGUGAAUAUCGUCGUCACCGAGGAGACCUCAUCAUGGUCUACUUAAUACUGAUGAAUCCAAAUCACCCAUGUCGCAGUCUCUUGCAGCUGAGCCAAAAUACCAACCUGAGAGGUCAUCAACUCAAACUGGCUACACACUACAACCGACUUGAUUGUCGACGAAACUCUUUCUCACUCCGUGUGUCCCGUGCUUGGAAUGCGCUCCCCACUCACGUCGUCCUUGCCCCCACAUUGGCACUAUUUAAAAAACGCCUAGAUGACACACUUUCCAACUUGCAUUAUUUGGCAUAG